AUGGCUAUUCACUACGUUGAACAGAAUGGCUCUGAGCCUAGUAUCUCUAGGCAUAGUGCCCCAGAGCCUACUAUCACCAACCAAGAUGUCCAUAAAUAUUCAGCUUCGGAGUCUAGUAUCCCUGGAUCUAGUAGCUCGAUGCCUAGUACUCCAGAACAAAUCGUUGCCAAGCCAGCGAAGCCAGUGAUGACAGUCAAGACAUCCGAGGUAGAUGAGACAGUCACAGCCAAGCCAGGCAAAGCCGACAACAAGAAGCCAUGGGAGGUAGACAAGACGGUACCCAUCCCUCGUGCGGAUCGAUUGAAUCAAACUCCAUCCAAGGGAAAUGCACAGGGCCUCUUUCUUCCUGAUUGUUGUGUUUUUGUAGGAAACCUCUCUGUCAAGGUUUCUCCUGAAACGUUGGAAGAAGAUCUUACAGAUAUGAUCUCUGCAUUUGGCCGGUGUCAUGUUAAGAUCAAAGUGUCACCGUGUGUGAAGAAACUGCCUAUUGGCUUUGUACAGUUUGAAAACAUUAAAGCAGCAAAGGCUGCAUUGAAACAAAAUGGAAACCUGAUGCUCCAUAGUCGGGUAUUGAGAUUGGAAUCAUCCAAGGCCAGACGAACUGCCAACUUUGGCUAUCUUUCUCAUGCUCCCAUCAACAAAUCCCAAGUCGCCGAUGCCCUGAAAGGACUUGGUAGUCUCGAGGGAGUAAGUGUUGAGCACUUUGUCACUGCAGAAGGAGUCGAGUCUACCUUUAGCGUCGUCACUUUCGCAUACCCCGACGAUUACGCAGAUGCCCUUCAGUAUUUCCAAAACCACCCCGAGUACUAUAUGAAAAGAUCCAAAAUGGACCCCAACGACACCCAGCAUCCUCAGGAUCACGCUCCUGCCGGACAAAGGCCAUCUAACCAACCUCCCCCAAACCGUGGCAGCCAGCAGCGAUACAACAACAAUGGCCGCCGAUCCUUCCACCGUCCAUGGUACAGCGGUGGUAACAACAACAACGGCAAUGUCAACAGCAAUGGCAACGUCAAUGGCAACAGUAACAGAGGCGGGUUUCGAAAUGCUCCUGGUCCUGCUCCCAGACACCAAAACCCACCCUUUGCAAAUCAUGGUCAUAGUCAGAGCUUCAAUGGUCAAGGCCAUUCGCCUCACGGAUCUUUCUCUCAGAACUACCCCGGUGGCCAGGGUUUCCCUCAGAACAGCUUCAACCAGGGCUAUUCCAACCCCAAUUUCAAUAAAAACUUCCCUGGCAACAACUUCCACCCGAACUACCAGGGCAACAACUUCCCCAACUAUCCCAAUCAAAACUUCAUAGCUGCGGGUGCUUUUCCCAAUCCCCCUGUUGUGUUCAAUCAAAUGCAAAUGCAUGAAGGCCCACCAGCGCCAUAUCAUGCUGAUUACACUGCUAUGCCGGCCCCAGGGUUUCCUGUGUUCUUGAGCAAUCAAUCAUACCAGCCUCACAAUACUCUUCCUCCAAUCAUCACUCAGCCUCAGCCGAUUGAUGGUUCUGUUGCUGGUCCUGUUCCCGGUCCUGUUCCCGGUCGCCGGCGAUUGCCCCCUCGUCCCAAUUGUCCCUUGAUUGUCUCCAGCCAGCCUCAAUUUGAUACCGAACAUCACCGGCAACUCUACUACGAGCCCUAUCCCGCAGACGAACCCGUCGUGGAUAUGCAGUCAAACUGGACCAGUGCUCCGGGCGCUUGUUUCGUGCAGCCUGACUACAAUCAGCCCUACCCGCCCAACGAAUAUCCUCGUAGUCGCCAAUCUAGCAUGGAAAGUCAGCGGAACAUCAACUCGCCGCCCACAGUCAACGAAUCCGAGUCAACCUUGAGGCAGACUAAAGUUCAGACUCCUGAGAUCGAGAGAGGUCGCCAACUAUUCCGGCCGCGCCACCCCAACACCGAUGGAAGCUGUGACAUGGCUCCAAUUUCUGCUCCUGCUAAGACCCAGAGUGACCCCGUCUCUAUGCAAGCUCUGGAUAGUUCCCCGGAAAGAAGUAACAUGGUAUACGCGAGCAAGUCCGCUGAGGCUCGACUUGAGCUCGCUGCACCUGUGACGGAGCCUAUCAAGUCUGGGAACAAACCCACCGAACCUGAGACUGAGCCCAACCCGCCUCAGACUGAACCCACCUGUUCUCCAACUCAUGAUCAAGAUAAAGAAGAGUUGACAGAUGAAACCAAGCCACCAUUGAACAUUGACACCAAGAAUGAAGAAAGCGCUGGAUCCUCCUCCGAAGCCGGCCCCAAGACACCAGACACCGACGAGUCUCGGGAAAGCGCUAAACUUCAGACUCCAGCCAAAGCUGGCUCACUAAAAUCUGCCGAUACCAAGACCCCUGAUACUGUCGAAACCCUCAAACUAAGCGACAAGGAUACUCCAGACAAAGGCAAGUCCCCGGAAGUGGCCACACCCACUCCAACCAAGAGUGGUAGCAGAAAACUUCAGCCCGCAGUGCCAGACGACAAAUACCAACUGGCCCGCCAUGCUUUUCAGCAUCGCAAACCUCUCAAGAAAAAGUACCAACCCAAGACCGACACUGGCAAAACAGUCGAGCAGUACACCCGUGAGAUGAAUGCGCAGCGCGCCUCGGCUGACCCUGACUCGCGUGUCCCUGACCAUAUCUUGCAAGAGGUCAUCCAAGAGCUAGAGAAUGAGCGCAGAGAUAAUAUUCGAAAGAGCCGAGGUCUCGGUCCCAGCGAUAAGAGCAGUGUUGACAGUGGUACUUCUUCAAAGAAGUAG